GUAGAUCAGUUCGGAUUCAGUAAUUAGACGGUUCGGUUUACAGCACCGAUAUUGACGGGGUUCGAACUGGCCUACACCGUGCGGUCGGCUUCACUCAAGUUUGCCCUUUUUCGAGCGAGCAGUUCCGUUUUGGCAAGUCCUUUUUGCGAGUGCAAUAAGGUUAGCAGUUGUGGUCAGAGUCGUUAGCCGCAAGCUACCCCUCCGUUGUGAACCGGUUGAACGUUGUUGAUCUUGGCAGUGAUUUUCACGAGUGCGGCGUGUCGUGAAGUGCAAUAGAAUACGAACAAAAUACGGUGCGGAGAGAGUGGACCCAAUUUGUGGCGGGACGAUUACGACGACGGUGAUUAGAGAGUAAGAGUGCAGGGGAGGACUAAGCAAGCGCACCACCACGAGACGCUAUCGAUCGUUCAACAUGCAGCUGCUUCACAUUGCCGGGUUGUUGGUGAUAUUGAACUUGGGGCUCAGUUACGCCUUUUUGGAACCCACGCUAACGGUAUGCAAGCGAAAAGAUCCCAACAUAGAUAAAUGCAUCACGGAUAUCGUUGAGCGGAUACGGCCGAACAUCGCCAGCGGCAGCUACGGUUCUGCCAAUGAACACCCCAAACUGGAGCCGGUGGUCAUCGAGAAAAUUAACAUCGAGCGUGGACCCUCGUUCUCGGCUAACUUCUCCAACCUGGUCAUCAAGGGCGCUUCGGAUUUCGUGAUCAAAAAGCUCAAGGCUAGCGUUGAUAAGCAGAACAUCAAUGUGAGUGUCAUCAUUCCGUCGUUGGAUGUUGUUGGAAAGUAUGCAUUGAAUAUGAACAUUCUGUUGUUGCGCAUUUCUGGUCAGGGAGACAUCAAGGUGGUUCUGAACGACACCAAGGCGAUCCUAAAAUUGGACUUCUACAGCGAAAACGUCGGCGGCAAGCAGUUGGCUCGCUUCCGGCCGAUUGACCUGCGACUCAAGUUCGACAAAGCCAACUUCUACCUGGCCAACCUGUUCAACGGUGACCCAAUGCUGGAGAAGGUCGGAAACGACGCCAUCAACGAGAACCCCAUGGUGCUGCUGGACGAGGUGAAACCAUCCUUCGAGGAGAAUCUUUCCCUGAAGUUCACCGAACUGGCAAACAGCCUGGUGAAGGACGCCGAGUUGAGCGAGAUCUUCCCCGAGUAAGGGCCAACGGGAAGAGCACGCGGAGGGCACAGGGCAUGUCAACACUGUGUAAAAGCAUUUUUUAUUAUAAUUCGCUACCUGGAUAUGUAGAUGUUGUGUGAAUGAUUAGGCCGUUUUAACCUGCCAGUCAGGUGGCUGGAGACUGCAAUAAAAUGGAUUUAAUAUUAGUA